AUGGCAGGCUUACCUUCGUUGCCUGAUGUGCAUCAUCCUGUUAGGUCCAUCAGCUUGCCCUCCAGGGUACAUCCCACUUCUGUUAAGCUUGAAGCAGCACUAAACCACCUAAAACCCUGGAAAACAUCCUUGGUAUCCACAGCUGUUUCUUCUGGUGAGACUAUUCAGAUUGGGCUAGUUGGCCUUGCAGAGUUGUAUAAUUGUGUCCGAGAAAUCAUUAGCUCUCCAGAAACGCAACGAACACUUCUUCACUAUCAAAAUGGGAAACUCGUGGAGGAGGCACUGGAUGAGUCUGUCACAUUUCUAGACACCUGUGGCAAAGGAAGAGAUGUAUUGUUGACGAUGAAAGAACAUGUCCAAACCCUUCAAUCAGCUCUACGCAGAAGGCGUGGAGAUUCAAGUAUUGAAACUGAAGUUGCUGCUUACAUCAAGUUCAGGAAGAAGGUCAAAAAGGAAGUAGCCAAGUGCCUCGAAGCAUUGAAGAAAAUAGAAAGCAAAUUUGGUUCAUCAACACCCUUGGAUGUAGAUCAUCAUCUAUUAAUUGUAGCCAAAGUCCUAAGAGAAGCAAGCUCCAUUACUAUCUCUGUUUUUCGAUCUCUUCUGCUCUUCCUGUCAAUGCCUUCAAUGAAGACAAGGGUUGGAGGAUGGUCAAAGAUCUCAAACUUCAUUCCCACAGGAUUACUGUCCUCUGACAAGGAACAGAAGGUAAUGAAUGAAGUUGGGAGUGUUGAUCUGGCUGUUUACUCCAUCAAUGGGCACUUAAAGAUUGGUGAUGGUAUGGCUGGAUUGGAAACGGUGCUGGAUCUGGAUCUCAAUCUCAAGAAAAAUGUUAUUCAAUACGUUUUGCUGUUGAAAGGUUCUUGCAAGUGGAGACAACCAGGUAGGCCACAUACGCAGAAAGUGAGGCAGCUGCAAUUCUUUGAAAAUGUUAGGGAUAAUGUGGCUGGAAGGGAGGCAAAACAGGUGAUGACUGUUUAG